CCGCCGCCGCGGCGGGAACUCGCCCGUGCCGAGUCCGCGCGCCGAGCGCUAGUCUCAUUUCCGCGCAGAUACCUUCAGGUAAAAGGAAAUCUCUUUGUAAUUUGUUGCUCUCUUGAUUAAAUUCAGGAAUUUGUUCACAAUGGCCCGGGUGUAUGUUGGCAACUUGGAUGCCCAGGUGACUUCUGGUGAACUUGAAGACGAGUUCCGUGUGUUUGGGGUUCUGCGAAGUGUCUGGGUUGCGCGGAAACCCCCUGGUUUUGCAUUUAUUGAUUUUGAUGACAAGAGGGAUGCGGAGGAUGCAAUUCGUGAUCUAGAUGGCAAGAAUGGAUGGAGAGUUAAGCUAUCUCGCAGUUCCAGUGGUCGUGGUGGUCGUGAUCGGAAUGGUGGGUCUGAGUCGAAGUGCUAUGAAUGUGGUGAGUCUGGGCACUUUGCACGCGAAUGUCGUCUGCGGAUUGGUUCUGGAGGUCUAGGCAGUGGAAGACGUCGCAGCAGGAGCAGGAGCCGCAGUCGCAGCCCCAGAUACCGCAGGAGUCCGAGCUAUAGUAGAAGAAGUUAUAGCCCUCGUUAUCGCUCUCCAAGGCGCCAUAGUGUUUCGCCAGCUCGUGGACACAGUUAUAGCAGGUCUCCAUAGUACAACUGCGGCCAAGAUGAAUCUCCCUGUGCUAAUGGAGGUGAUGAUGCCAGGUACCGACAUAGCAGGAGCUAGACCUGAAGCCUGUGCCUGGGUCGUGUUUUGUGUGAGAACUUUCUCCUUGGCUUGUCUGCCAGGAACAUUUUAGGAACUGUCGUCAGCUGCAUGACUUCAGUUCAGGCAUGUUCUGCUUAAACGACUCGGCCAACUACGGUGCUCAGUUGUAGUCUUCAUGGUUUUGUUCCACCCUCAUUCUUGGCACACCCUUUCCUGCAAACAAAUGUGAAUCUUGCAUUACUCCCUGCCUUCGAUGCCUCAUCAUGACUGUCAUUCUUCAGUGAAGCAAAUUAUUAACAUCUUCCCCCCUAUAAAGUUGAUGAGGUAUUGAGUACUGAUAACUGCAGCUUGCAAAAGUAAUAACUCGUUGGAUUGUUUAUAGAACAAGAACUCUGCAGUGUAUUGGUAAUGCAAAGCUUAUGUGAAAAUAGAUCUACAACUGAGCCGCUUGGGCAUUGGGAUGAAUGAAUGUGGCCUUCAGCUGCUGCCUAGUUGGGCAUCUGAGGAACUUGAUAAGACUGACUUCAGCAGAAACUUCGCCUGUUGGUGUGGUUUUUCGUUCUUCAUUUUCGGUGUACGUCAGUCAUCAUUGUCAAUCAAAUGAAGGUGCAUUCCCUGUCUUCCACCUUGAUUGCAUCAUCGUGAUUGAUAGUCCUUGUUCAUGCGGUGAUGAGGCAAAAUUGGAAUCUUCUUGCUUCUGUUUAUGCCAAGUUAUUCUUCAUACCUGCAGUCUACAGAACAUUUUUUUGCCGCUUGCCACUGCAUUAUGGUUACAGCACGUCAAUACCUGAGUUUUGGGGUCUACUUUAACAUUUUUGUCGAACUACUGGCCAUACCAAUGUAUAUUUAUACAUACAUAUUAAUUGACUCGGGUUUAACCUUAGAUAUCCAAGCAUGAAUUCCUGCUGUACAAAAUGUAGUUAAAUUAACUGGUUUAGCCAACUAUAAUUUUCUGAUUAGUGUAUGCAUUGAUUUA